AUGGAAAUUGAGAAGGAAGAACAAAUUGAGAAACGCGGUAUUCAGCACAAUUCAGAAAAAGAAGAACAUUUUAAAUAUAAUAACAAAAAAAAGAAAUACGUUCAUUCGACUAGAAAAUGCAAUACAAUUCAUGAUAAGAUUAAAAGGAAAUACUUCAAGAUUAUGUUUGCAUCUCAUUCUAAACAAGAAUUUACGUGUGAUUUAUGUAAAGAAACUUUUAAAAAUAAGAGCAUAUUACAAACACAUCUGUUCUGUCAUAUUGGAAAAAAACCAUUUCGCUGCACAACCUGCAAUAAGAAGUUUUUGUGGCAAUUUCUUUUGCGAAGACACGUAAAAGAACACAGUAGUUAUGCCUGCAAAAUAUGUGGAAGAGAAUUUAGAUUGAACUGUAUAUUGUUGAAACAUGAACGAACACAUAGUGAAGAACGUCCUAUCAAAUGUGAUAUUUGCAAUAAGAGUUUUAAAUGCAAAAAGUAUUUAAAAAAGCAUUACGAAACUCAUAGUGAUGAACGUAACUACACUUGUCAGGUGUGUAACAAAAGUUUUAAAACAAAAAAAUAUUUGCAAGCUCAUAAAAUAGUUCAUAGCAAUCAAUUUAAGCAUAGUUGUCAGGUAUGUAACAAAAGUUUUAAACGCAGUUUUUAUUUAAAAAAGCAUACUCGUAUUCACAGCAACGAAUACAAAUAUUCUUGUGAUAUAUGUAACAAACAUUUUAAAUCAAAAGAGUAUUUGCCAAGGCAUAAACUUAUUCAUAGCAAAAAAUCUAAUAUCAAGCGAGAGUGCGAGUAUUGCGACAUUUGUGGUAAGCGCGUUCCAUAUGGUAAGGGUCGUUUAGAAAGACACAUGAGAAUACACAGAGUUCAUGCCUGCAAUAUAUGUGGAAAAGAAUUUAAGAUAAAAGCUGAGUUGUUGCAGCAUGAAGCAACGCAUAGUGAAGAUCGUCCUUUCAAAUGCGAUAUUUGCAGUAAAAAAUUUAAACGGAAAGACUAUUUAAAAACGCAUCACAAAACUCAUAAUGAUGAACGUAACUAUACUUGUCAGGGGUGUAACAAAAGUUUUAAAACAAAAAAAUCUUUGAAAGCUCAUAAAAUAGUUCACAGCAAUCAAUUUAACCAUAGUUGUCAAGUAUGUAACAAAAGUUUUAAACGCAGUGAUAGUUUAAAACAGCAUAUUCUUAUACACAGCAACGAAUACAAAUGUUCUUGUGACAUAUGUAACAAAUACUUUAAAACAAAAAACCAUUUGGCACGUCAUAAAUUAGUUCAUAGUAAUCAAUUUGACUAUACUUGUCAGGUAUGUAAUCGAAGUUUUAAAUCCAGUUUUAAUUUAAAUCGGCAUAUUCGUAAAUACAGCAAUAAGUGCAAAUAUUCUUGUCAUAUGUGUAACAAAUAUUUUAAUACAAAACAUUCUUUGGAACAGCAUAACAUUAUUCAUAGCGAUAGAAAAAAGUAUGUUUGUGACAUAUGUAAAAAAGUUUACUCCAGUUCAACUGCCUUAAACAAACAUCGUCGUAUUAAACAUGAAAAUAUGUAUUUAUGCUAUAUCUGUUGGAAGUUAUUCAAGACUGAAUCCACGCUAAAAGAACAUUUGAAAAUUCACAUUGAAAAAUGUAAUAUUUGUAAUAAAGAAUUUAAAAGUAAAUUUACCUUAAUUAAACACCAAAAAAUUCAUUAAGACAAAAAACCGUUUCGUUGUGGGAAUUUCAAUAGACGUUUCAAACAUGUAUUAAAAUGUCACGAAGCCACUCACAAAGAAGACAAUCUUCGUUACGUUCGUGAAGUAUGUAACAAAGAAUGUUAUUUUAUAAGUCGUUUAUUGAGCCAUCAACUCGUUCAUCAGAAUUAAGCGUAUUUUUGGAGAAAUAGUAAAAGCAGAUUAAAAACAGAAACUAAACUGAAAUUACAUUUAAAACUUUUCAUUAAGAAAGAUCCCCAAACAAUUACCUUAUCAAUAUGAACAGACUUUUACUUGAGGAGAAGUUUUAAAGAAGCAUAUGAUUACUUUUAAUAAUCAGAUUCAUUUUUACAGCGUAAAAAGAAAUAUACAACAAAGAUCGAAUUCCAAACUCAUCAAGAGUAUGUUCAUCCCACAGGAAAUAAGCAUCAAUGCAAAAUAUGCAAGAAAACAUUUAGAAAACAGAUUGGAUUAAUUAGGCAGAUGAGAAAUCCCGAUUUACGCGUUAAGAAAUGUGAUGCUUGUGGCAAAAAAUCGUGUUCAAAUUAUAUUUUAAA